AUGUGUGCCGCCGUGGCGUUCCGACCUGCCCUGCUUCCCGCAUUCUGCGGCCGGACCUUGGCCGCGACACUGGACACUACAAUUUGCAGGCUGAAAUCUGGAACCAGUGACUUAAAUUUGCAAGCCUCGACUGAAGUUACAGGGAAGUACAAGACCAUCGAUGACCUGCCUGGACCAAGUCUCGCUACCACUGCCUAUUGGCUAUUUGUGAAGGGAUAUGCUGACAAGAGUCAUGCUAUGCAGGUUGAACACCGGAAGCGGUACGGUCCCAUCUGGCGCUCGCGGUUCGGCCCCUUCGACGUGGUGAACGUGGCGUCCCCGCAGCUGAUCGAGCAGGUGAUCCGACAGGAGGGGCGAUACCCCAUCCGGACCGACCUGCCGCACUGGAGGGAGUACCGGGACCUGCGAGGACAAGCGUACGGGCUGCACGUCGACAAGGGCCCGGAGUGGUACCGCAUCCGCAGUGCGCUGAACCCUAAGAUGCUGAAGCUGAAGGAGGUCUCUGCAUAUGCACCAGUGAUUCACCAGGUGGUGAGUGACUUGCUGCAACGUCUGGAACUCCUGCGCCUACGCAGCCACGACCAGGCCACUGUCUGCGACCUCGCGGGGGAACUCUACAAGUUUGGCUUUGAAGGCAUCUCCUCCAUCCUGUUUGAGACUCGGUUGGGAUGUCUACAGGAGGAGAUCCCCAAGGACACCCUUCGCUUCAUCGCUGCUGCGGGCAGCAUGCUGACCCUGUCUGAGACGGUCCUCUUCUUCCCCCGCUGGACUCGUGCCGUCCUGCCCCUUUGGGCCCGCUUUGUCAAAGCCUGGGAUGACCUCUAUGAUGUUGCCCGGGGUCUGAUUGACAGGAAAGUUCAGGAGAUCAACAGCAAGGUGAAGCAGGGUGAGCAGGUGGAGGGGAUGUACCUGACCUACCUGCUGUCCAGCGGCAAGCUGUCUCUGGGAGAGGUGUACAUCAGCAUCACUGAACUGCUGCUGGGCGGGGUCGACACGACCUCCAACACCCUGUCGUGGACGCUCUAUCACCUGGCCCGGGAUGAGGCGGUCCAGGAGCGGCUGUAUCAGGAGGUUUCCUCCGUGUGUCCAGGGAAACAGCUGCCCUCCACAGAGGACCUGAAAAGGAUGCCUUACCUGAAGGCAGUCAUUAAGGAGACACUGAGGCUGUACCCAGUGGUUCCUGGUAAUGGCCGUCUGACCGUGGACAAUGAGGUUAUUGUAGACAACUACUGGUUUCCCAAAAAGACUCAGUUCCAUCUCUGUCACUAUGCUGCAAGUCAUGAUGAAGGAGAGUUCCCAGACGCAGAGCGGUUUGUCCCGGAACGCUGGCUGAGGGGGGACCCAGCACGGUCCCAGCACCACCCCUACAGCUCCAUCCCCUUUGGAGUGGGGGUCCGCGCCUGUGUGGGCAAAAGGGUAGCUGAGCUCGAGAUGUACUUUGCAUUGUCCCGGCUGAUGCAGCAUUAUGAGGUUCGGCCUGAGGACAGGGCACGCUCCCUGGAGCCCAAAACACGAACACUCCUAAUCCCCGCAGAACCGAUCAACUUGCGCUUCCUUCCCCGAGUCUGA